GAAGGCUUCACUCCGGUGCGCUGUGACUCUGCGCGAGCUGGUGGCGGAGAUCGCGGCGGCCGUCAUGACAGAGGGCACGUGUCUGCGUCGUAGAGGAGGACCCCGUAAGACAGAGCCCGCCACAGACCUCAGCCGUUGGCGACUCAGCAAUGAGAGGGGAAGGCAGGUGUGGACAUAUUUUCAAGAAGACGAGAACCCCGGCCGGGGACAGACUGGGCUGGAAGCUCACUCCUUGGGAUUGGACACCGAGAGUUACUUUAAAGACCUGCCCAAAGCCCACACAGCCCAUGAGGGGGCUCUGAAUGGGAUGACAUUUUAUAUGGGACUGCAGGCCGAGGACGGACACUGGGCGGGUGAUUAUAGCGGCCCACUCUUCCUUCUGCCAGGCCUCCUGAUCACGUUCCACAUAGCACACAUCCCUCUGCCAGCUGGAUACAGAGAAGAGAUCGUGCGGUACCUGCGGUCGCUGCAGCUCCCUGACGGUGGCUGGGGCCUGCACAACGAGGACAAGUCCACAGUGUUUGGGACUGUGCUCAACUAUGUGUCCCUAAGAAUCCUGGGUGUUGGGCCUGAUGAUCCUGACCUGGUGCGAGCACGGAGCAUUCUUCACAAGAAAGGUGGAGCAGUGGCCAUCCCGUCCUGGGGGAAAUUCUGGCUGGCUGUCCUGAAUGUUUACAGCUGGGAAGGCCUCAACACCCUGUUCCCAGAGAUGUGGCUGUUUCCUGACUGGGUACCUGCACACCCCUCCACACUCUGGUGUCACUGCCGUCAGGUCUACUUGCCCAUGAGCUACUGCUAUGCCACCCGGCUGAAAGCCAAGGAGGAGGACCCGCUGGUCCAGAGCUUGCGCCAGGAGCUCUACGUGGAGGACUAUGCCAGCAUCAACUGGCCAGCGCAGAGGAAUAAUGUGGCCCCUGAUGACCUGUACAUGCCCCACAGCUGGCUGCUUCGUGUGGUGUAUGCAAUCCUCAACCUAUAUGAACGCCACCACAGCACCAGCCUGAGGCAGCGGACUAUCCACAAGCUGUAUGAGCACAUUGUGGCCGAUGACCGCUUCACCAAGUGUAUCAGCAUUGGCCCAGUCUCAAAAGUCAUCAACAUGCUUGUGCGCUGGCAUGUGGACGGACCUGCCUCCAGCAUUUUCCAGGAGCAUGUCUCCAGGAUUCCUGACUACCUCUGGCUGGGCCUUGAUGGCAUGAAGAUGCAGGGCACCAAUGGCUCUCAGAUCUGGGACACCUCAUUCACCAUCCAGGCUUUGCUAGAGGCGGGUGCACACCACAGGCCUGAGUUUUCGUCCUGCCUGCAGAAGGCGCAUGAGUUCCUCAGGAUCUCACAGGUCCCAGACAACCCACCUGACUACCAGAAGUACUAUCGCCAGAUGUGCAAGGGCGGCUUCUCCUUCAGUACUCUGGAUUGUGGCUGGAUUGUCUCUGACUGCACAGCUGAGGCCUUGAAGUCUAUCCUUCUCGUGCAGGAAAAGUGUCUUUUUGUUACCACGCACGUCCUGCAAGAGCAGCUCUUUGAUGCUGUUGCUGUGUUGCUGAACAUGAGAAACACUGAUGGGGGGUUUGCCACCUAUGAGACCAAGCGUGGCGGGUACCUGCUGGAGCUGCUCAACCCCUCAGAAAUCUUUGGGGACAUUAUGAUUGACUACACGUAUGUGGAGUGCACCUCGGCCGUGAUGCAGGCACUGAAGCAUUUCCACAAGCAGUUUCCAGAGCAUAGGCCGGGGGAAAUCAGGGAGGUCCUCGAGCAGGGCCUUGAGUUCUGUAGGCAGAAGCAGAGGGCUGAUGGCUCCUGGGAAGGCUCCUGGGGGAUUUGCUUUACCUAUGGCACCUGGUUUGGGCUGGAAGCUUUUGCCUGCAUGGGGCAGACUUAUCAUGAUGGGGCUGCCUGUGCAGAGGUCUCCCAGGCCUGUGACUUCCUGCUGUCCCAGCAGAUGGCGGACGGAGGCUGGGGGGAGGAUUUCGAGUCCUGCAAGCAGCGGCGUUAUGUGCAGAACACCCAGUCCCAGAUCCACAACACAUGCUGGGCACUGAUGGGGCUGAUGGCUGUCAGGCAUCCUGGUGUAGAGGCCCUAGAGAGAGGAGUCAGGUGUCUGCUUAGAAAACAGCUCCCCAAUGGUGACUGGCCCCAGGAAAACAACUCCGGGGUCUUCAACAAGACCUGUGCCAUCACCUACACAAACUACAGGAAUGUCUUCCCCAUCUGGGCCCUUGGCCGUUUCUCCCGCCUGUACCCUGAAAGUACUCUCGCUGGCCACCCUUGAGGGUAGGACCUAUGGGUGCCUGGCCAUGGAUGGCAGGCCCAGGUGUCCAGUGGGCCUGCUGAUUGAAAUUAGGGCAUCUUACUGGGACACGGGUGCCCCUGUAGCCCUGCCCCUCAAUCCCUUCUGGAGUGAAUCCUGGGACUAGCACCUACCUAGGGGUGUGGUGCAUGUCCUUGCUUGGUCGCAGGGCUGGGAGGGCUUUUUUAACCAAUAAUAGUUCUCAGCAUUUGUGCCUUAUCUGCCUCCUGCCCGGUGCUGGGCUCAUCCCCAGGAUGGCUCUUCCUAUGUCUUCUAUCUGGACCGAAA